CCGGAGAGCCCAGUGCCCAAGUCGCCCCGGGGUGGCAGUUCCCGUUAACCUUAACCACAAAGUCAAGAUAGCAAGGCAAGCGCUGGUGCCCGGGAGGCCUCUGCCGAUGGAGUGUGGCCUGGCUGGUGUGAGCACAGGAGAUGGGCUGGUGAUGAAGAUCAAGCAGGAGAAGCCGGAGUGGUUGCUGCAGACGCUGGGGCCACAGGCCGUGCUUUCCGAGAAGGAUAAAGAAAACAUCUUCCGGCAGCAGCAUCGGGGCCUCCCGCCAUGCCAGACCAUGGGGAAGCCUCGGGCCUUGGGGGGACAGGAGGAGACUGGAGGUCCACGGUGGGCCCCUCCCGCUGAGCAGGCCGGGGAGCUGGCAAGCCGGGCUCUUCCUGCCGGCGAGGGUCACUUCGUGUGCCUGGACUGCGGGAAGAGGUUCAGCUGGUGGUCGUCGCUGAAGAUCCACCAGCGCACCCACACCGGGGAGAAGCCGUACCCGUGCGGCAAGUGUGGCAAGAGCUUCAGCCAGAAGCCCAACCUGGCACGCCACCAGCGGCACCACACGGGCGAGCGGCCCUUCUGCUGCCCCGAGUGCGCGAGGCGCUUUAGCCAGAAACAGCACCUGCUCAAGCACCAGAAGACCCACUCGCGGCCCGCCACCCACUCGUGCCCCGAGUGCGCGCGCUGCUUCCGCCACCAGGUGGGCCUCCGCAUCCACCAGCGCGCGCACGCCCGGGACCGCCAGGGCGCCCGCGCGGGGCUGCAGGAGUUGCUGCGGGACGCCACCACCCGCCGGAGCUGUCGCCUGCGGCCCGGGCUACCGCGGGGCCGCCCCGAGUGGGCCUGGCUGGGGCUCUGCCAGGGCUGGUGGCGCCAGGCGGGGGACCGGGCCGCGAUCUCCGGCGCCGCGGGGACGGGCGAGCAGCGCCAGUUCAUCUGCAAUGAGUGCGGCAAGAGCUUCACGUGGUGGUCAUCCCUGAACAUCCACCAGCGCAUCCACACGGGAGAGCGGCCCUACCCGUGCCCGGAGUGCGGCCGCCGCUUCAGCCAGAAGCCCAACCUCACGCGCCACCUGCGCAACCACACGGGCGAGCGGCCGCACCCCUGCCCGCACUGCGGCCGCAGCUUCCGCCAGAAGCAGCACCUGCUCAAGCACCAGCGCACGCACCUGCCCGGCGCCCAGGCGGCGCGCUGCCCCAGCUGCGGCCAGAGCUGCCCGAGCCGCGCCGCGCUGCGGGCCCACCAGCGCGCACACGCCGCCCCCGCCGCCGAGCCGCCGCUCCCCGGGCCCGCCUUGCGGGACGCGGCGCCGCACUCCGAGCCGCCGUCCGAAGCGCCCUCGGGCCUGUCGGCGCCGCCACAGCCAUCGUGCGACCCCCAGCUGACCCGGGGUCCGGGGGGCGUGCCUUGGGGCCGGGCGCGGGCCGGCCUGAGCGCGCCGGGCGAGCCUCGCCAGUUCAUCUGCAACGAGUGCGGCAAGAGCUUCUCGUGGUGGUCGGCGCUCACCAUCCACCAGCGCAUCCACACGGGCGAGCGGCCCUACCCGUGCCCCGAGUGCGGCCGUCGCUUCAGCCAGAAGCCCAACCUGACGCGCCACCGGCGCAACCACACGGGCGAGCGGCCCUACUUGUGCCCCGCGUGUGGCCGUGGCUUCAGCCAGAAGCAGCACCUGCUCAAGCACCAGCGCGUGCACCGCGGCACCCUGGCGCCCGCCGCCGGCGCCAAGGAUCAGGCGCAUUAGUGCGCAAGACGCAGCGGAUACGCGGUGGGGAUGGGAGGGCAUGUUUGAGGGGCCGCGGGGGCCACUAAUGGCGGUUUUUACAACCCUCGGGGGUAGAACCCGGUGAAAGAGUGAUUUCCUCAAGACGCUGAAGGCUAGAGGACAGAAUUCCAGAAGCAUCCCCGAGGGGACAGCCCCAGGCGGGGCUGAGGAAGGAGGUAGGAUGAUACAAAUCUCACUCUGGAGCCUGGAUGUGGCCCUCGGUCCCUCAGACGUGGAACCCAGUCCUCAGACCCCAGUGAGGAUGAGGGGGCUGUGAGGGCUCUGGGAGAGGCUCCCCAGACUCGCAUGCAGGCUGUCCGCUGCCAGAGGACAGGCUCCCGGGGGAGUUUUAACAGACUGAUGGCAAGGAUGGAAGCCAGUGGUGGUGGCUGAGGCGGGCCAAGCAUAGUCCCAGUGCCAAGGACAAUGCCCGGCACUUAAUGGCCAUUCACUGUGUAUUUUUGGAGAGAGUGAAUGGUUCCCUGGUCGUCCUUCGCCAUGAGUGCCCCAAAGCCCAGGGUGCUGUCCUAGCGGGCCGGCCCUUGGGCCUGUAUGCCUGUGGUGGUCCUGCGGAGUGUAAGGGGGCGGUGGCAGCUGAGGCUUGGUAACUUGGGAGGGCCCUGCAGCAGGAAAGAGCCACGUGUGCUGCUAUGACUUAGCAGCCCAGGGGCGCUCCCCACGGCUGUCGCUGACUUGGGUCUUUAUCAAAGCCAGUGUUGCAGAAGAGAAAAAUGAAGGCUUGACUGUC